CACUUCCGGGGCAUCGAAAGAUUCGAACCGGGCUCGGCUUUUCCCGCCCCUCCAGGCUUCGCCGGUGGCAGAAAGACAUGUCCACGCUCUUUCCAUCCCUCUUCCCACGAGUCACCGAGGCACUGUGGUUUAACCUGGACCGGCCCUGUGUGGAUGAAAAUGAACUGCAGCAGCAGGAACAGCAGCACCAAGCCUGGCUGCAGAGCAUAGCCGAAAAGGAUAAUAACUUGGUCCCAAUUGGGAAGCCUGCUUCCGAGCAGACUUAUGACGAGGAGGAAGAGGAAGAUGACGAAGAUGACGAGGACAGUGAGGAAGACUCCGAAGAUGACGAGGACAUGCAAGACAUGGAUGAGAUGAACGACUACAAUGAGUCCCCAGACGACGGGGAGAUCAAUGAGGUGGAUAUGGAAGGAGCUGAGCAAGAUCAAGACCAGUGGAUGAUCUAGACUUUGGAGUAAAAGGAACUAAAGACUUGCCCACAGAGCAAGGAAAUGGGGAACGUCUCUCCAGGCCAGCAAGCCGAUGUAGGUGUUCCAGAUCUGGGCUGGCUCUGGGCUGGCAAUCCGGUUGCAUGCCUGACACCAUCCCCACCGUGUAAGCACUGCCCCAGCGGGCUCUCUUGUUUUGCUGAACAGUUAUGGACCACCUGAAAACUCAAGAGAGAGGAAAGGAUUUUGGUUCAGCACCUGCUGUUUUGCAGCAAAGGCAGCUUGGGCGUGUGUGGUGCAUGUGUGUUCUGUCAGUAGAAAGUGUUCUGUCAAUAAACCUGUCUGGGAUCUGA